GACGGCCAACACCAAAUGAAUACCCAGUGCGGUGUGCAAACUUUGCCACUAAGGAGACAAGGUGGCCAGGUAUGGUUGUUGGCCAUCCACUCCCUUCGUGUGCCGUGCCUUCCUUCUUAGUUGCUCACUAACGGUACUUUCCCCAACAGUCUGUUAAGGCUAUACUGGGGAUCUUUGUGAGAACCUAUAGUUUUCUGUAUCCAUUCCUGACUGAGUAAAAAUACAAUGAAAAUUAAAAUUUCUAACUUUUGUUUCUCUUUCUAAAUUCAUUAUGUCCGUGUAGCUUGUUGGAUUAGUGAAUUGCUUGUGGGUGUGUAUGCGUAUUCCAAUUGAACAUGUGCUUGAAUUGUUACCAACUUGGGCUGUUAUUUGCAUCUGUACAAGUAUGUAUAUGCAUGGUUCUUCAUUGUUAGACAUGCGAAAAAAAGGCCUGUUCUAUGCCUUCCACCACAGGAUGGGAAUAGGUUCCUGCCUUUUACCAGAUCAAAUAAUUAUUUGACAGUGAAGAGAUCUAGUAAGGCCAGUUUAUCUAAGGAGAAUAUUGCUCAGCACAAGAAAAUUAAUAUGAAAAGCAAAAUGCUCUCCCAGGGAAGACCAUGAAAGUAAAGGAUACAUUUCUGAAAUUUGGUUCUUCGUAAGAUGCAAAUGAAACAUAAGAGAUGGAAACCGUGGUUGUAUUUUCAGUGUACAGCUACCUGGGAAAGUAAUUAUGAUCUGAAAAUAGUUUUGCGAUGACAGCUGUAGUCUUGACGUGUGAAUAAAAUACUCGUUAAUGCUUGGAGUAAAAAAACGGGUAAUUUUUUUUCUUCCACAAUGUAACCAAAUUGAAAGAGUGACUUAACUAAAACCAUUAAUUGUGUGUUUUGUUGAUUAGAAUUGCUGCAAGGUGUAUUGGAAUCCUGACCAAAAUUACUUGUGAGAAGAUGACAUACUGACCGUUUUAAAAGAAGCUGGUCAUACAGGACUUUGCAUGACAUUGCAGACCAGUUUUUCUAAAAUUUAUUUUAACGGUCCAUGCGAUUUGCAGGAUUCAGUGGAAAUGCUCAGCCCAGCAGUCUAGCUGGAUCAAGAUGGAAUGACGGCAUAUUACUACGAUUCCUAGCGGUGACUGCACAUUGUGUGAUACCAACCAGCAGAAACUAUUGAUUUGUGUCACGGCCUGAAGUGGCAUAAUUUACAGGGUUAGGUAGUAAAUAAUAAACAGGAAAACCUCGCCAUACGCAGCUUUAUAGAACACAUUUUUCGGCUAUGCACGGUUUGAUUAAUGAGGUCUAUUUUCUAGAGCACGGAGGGACGAGUGAUGUUUUGGCUAUGCGCGGUUUGACGCUGCUGAGAUUGUUAUCUCCGCAUCGUAAAGUAGUGCGCAGUCCUCUUGUGUACUUUACUGUAUAUGCUGCGCGGUCAGCUUGUACGUUUUAAUGUGGAUAUUUUGUGAUAUGCCUGUAUUUUCUAAUAGGCAUUAAUCGACCAAACAGGCUCCCCCCCCCCCCCAUGAGUGCUUUUUUUUUUCCAGAGCCUCUUAAGCAGAAAGUAAUGGACUCAGCAAUGGCCAGGAUAUGUGCGUUGGUCCAAUGAAUUGGCAGCUGUUGCAGGAAGCACGGGCAAUGUCCAUUGACAUGUCGGCACACUGGCAUAGGAAAUUCGUGUGUUGGUUAGCGUGCAGGCUGCUGGCGGGGAAACGUGAUGAAGGGAACACCUCACCUGCGGGAUAGCAGCACUGUGUUGAUGAAGUAUCUUCACUUCCCCAGCUGUUGUUUCAAAAGUGUGACAUUUUUUCAGUGGCUGAGAAGGAAAAGGUGUAAGAACCGGCAGCCUUUUUUUUUCCCUUUUCCCCCCCCCCCCCCCCGAUUUUUUGGGGUGUUGCCAAAUUGAUUGAAAAUAAAUAAAUGAAAAUGUAGUUCACCCACAGCGUGAUCACAGCAUUUAGCGGGAAUAAACUUUAAGUUGAACAUUGAAGCACAUUGUUUUUGCAUAUAUUUGAUAAAUCGUAGGAAUAUUUUUUUGUAAACAAAUUGGCACUUGCUACUCAUGUUCAGUUAAUUUUGUUUUCAACGUGCCUUUGAAUAUUCUUUUGAACAUGGCUUUCCACAGCAGUGUUAUUGUCGUAGGUUCCUUUUAAAAAGCAUAUGUAAGUACAGUGUCAAGUUUUCUUUCUGGAAACUGAUGUCACAGCCGAGCACAAGCUUUAGUGUUAUUAAUCUGGUAAUUUUGUCCAUUUGUAUGCAUUGCGAAAUGCAUGCAAUGAUGUUGUUGCAAUAAGAAAGACUGCAAGCCUUCAUCAUUCCGCUUCAGUGAACAUUGUGCAUGGUGUAACAAUAAUUGUAACUUUCUGAAAUUGCGUUCUUGGAAUUAAGUUUUAAACUGAUGCACUUGGACUUGGAAGUGUGGAAUCAGAUUUGCAAAUCCAUAUUUACGUGGAGGGGGCGGUGGGGAUAUUGGUGCUUUUCUGCCGUAGAACUCUGUCUUUUAGGCUUAACAUGAACGUGCGGGUUAAUUAGUGCACGUGACUUGCUCUAUACUGUAUAUACUACAUGCUCGGGCAAUUCCUUGCAAUAGGAAAAUAAAUCGGUGUUUAAGACAGACAAUGUUUGUGUUAGUGUAUGGGUCAGAAAGUAGAAGAGAAGCUUCGAGCCUUUUAAGUACUUGUCGAGCAUGCCUGUAAUUGCGAUCCACAGCUUAAGAAUAGAACAUCACUAAGAAUGUGCAGAUGCUCUCGGAAAAAAAGGUUUGCAAUGGGUGAAACGCAUCAAUAGGAUGUAGGGUAUAUGUUGAACUUUUUUCACACCGUACGUAGCCAACCGUGCUUAUUGGAUGGCAGAUUACUGAGACGGGCAUUGGCGUGGGUAACUAAAGAGUGAUGACCAAUGGAAAUACCUCGCCAGAUGGUGGAGACACUCCUAAAAGUGGACCUUGAAGUUGGAUGUCAACUUAACAACUACAGAUCUCGCAGAAGUAUGGAUGAGAGAACAGCUCCCGGGUCGUGGGCUGCAGGCAGCCAGACAAGCCCCUCCUACGACUCUGCCAGGGGAUAUAACCACAGCCCCCAAUACAAUGACCACAUGGGCGACAGAGGAAUGGGCUCUCACGACGGCAUGCCUUCAGCGUUUCUCAACUCCAGUUUAAUGAGUAAGGCGUCAGAGCGAGGACAUUAUUCGUCAUACAGCAGAGAUCCUUCGAUGCCUAGUUGCCAUCAGCCUGGGAUGCUGGGGUCAGAGCUGGGCAUGACGAGCCCAGGGCCCAUGUCUCCGCAUGGAAAGCCAGGCUCCCCUUACUACCCGUUUGUCGCCACGAACCCCCGCCGGAGACCUCUGCCCGACUCUCCAGGCAUCGAUGUUGCAAGUAAGAAGAUCAGGAAGAUUCCUCCAGGGUUACCAUCCUCUGUGUACGCACCCUCGGUCGCAGCAGACGAGUUCAACCGCGAGUCGCCCAGCUACUCGGCCAAACCGCCUGGCAGUAUGUUCUCCAGCCCCUACUUCAUGCAAGAUGCUGCGCACGGCUCUUCGGACCUCUGGAGUUCAUCCAAUGGCAUGAGUCAGCAGGGUUACAGCAGCAUGCUGGGAGCAUCGGCUGGUCACAUGACGCAGCCAGGAGGCUACAGCAGCCUGCAUCCGCAUCCACAUCCACAUGAGCGCUUGAGCUACCCGUCGCACUCCCCCGCGGACCCCAACCUCAGCCUCCCGCCGAUGGCCAGCUUUCCGCGCACAACCGGCAGCUCCACUGCAUACGUGUCCAACUCCCGCACGCCGCCCGUUAACGGAUCCGAUUCCAUGAUGGGUACGCACCACUCUUCGAGUAGAGGGAACGCGGCAGGUGGAUCUCAAACGGGUGACGCCCUCGGGAAGGCCUUGGCAUCUAUUUAUUCACCAGAUCACACCAGCAACAGCUUUCCAUCCAACCCCUCCACACCAGUCGGCUCUCCCCCACCACUCACAGGUGCGGCACAGUGGUCACGGACCGCGGCACAGGCGCCUUCAUCUCCCAACUAUGAGAGCUCCUUGCACUCACUGAAAAGUCGCGUGGAGCAGCAACUUCAUGAGCACUUGCAGGAUGCCAUGUCUUUCCUAAAGGAUGUCUGCGAGAGUCGGAUGGAGGACCGGCUGGACCGACUCGACGACGCCAUCCACAUCCUGCGGAACCACGCCGUUGGGCCCUCCACAAGCAUGCCCGGCGGCCACGGCGGGGACAUGCACAGCCUCCUGGGGCCCUCGCACAACGGCGCCAUCGGGGGCCUCGCUGCCAACUACGGCACGGGUGCCCUGUCCGCGAGUCGGCACUCCGCCAUGGUGAGCUCUCACCGCGACGAUGCUGUGGGGCUCCACUCAAGCUUGUCCAGCGUCAUGACGGCCCAGCCCGGGAGCGACCUUACCUCCACACAAGAUUCCUUCCGAGGCCUGGGCGGUGGCCUGACCACCUCUGGUGGUGGGGGGCAGGCGGGCAGCAGCGUGAGUGGUGGUUCGCAGAGCAGUGGCGUAGAGGUCAAGUCGGAGGACAAGGAGAAGGACGAGAACGAGGACGGGAAGUCGUGCCGCAACGACCGCGACAAGAACGAUGACGACAAAGACGACAUUAAGUCAGUGACACGGGGCAGGUCAAGAAGUGGCGACGAGGAUCUACUGCCGGAGGAGCGCGAGGCCAAGGAGCGCGAGCGGCGGAAGGCGAACAACGUGCGGGAGCGCAUCCGCGUGCGUGACAUCAAUGAGACCUUCAAGGAGCUGGGCCGGCUGUGCCAGACGCACCUCCGGACGGACAGGGCCCCCACCAAGCUGGGAAUCCUUCACCAGGCCGUGCAGGUCAUCACCAGCCUCGAGCAGCAAGUCCGAGAGAGGAACUUGAAUCCGAAAGCUGCCUGCCUUAAGCGCAGAGAGGAGGAGAAGGUGUCGGGGCUCCCCUCGGAACCUGGCUCGGGACACCCAGGCAUGGGCGACACUCCAUUGGGACACAUGUUCUCAGUGGAUGGUGUUGGCCAUUUCUGAAUUCUCCGACGCUGCGAAGCUGUAAAAGCUGUCCAUAUGUGCACGAACUCGCGCGCACACACACACACUUACACGGACACACGUACGUACUACAACACUCGAGCAAGCUGCUGCUGCUGCUGCUGCGUGUGGUCUUCAGCUGCCCACCCAACCUGCCCAAGAAGACGAGCAGAGGACAAACUCCCCUGCACAUCCCCGUCUCCCCCACUGCCCCCAACCCACCGGGAGUCCAACCCAAUUCAUCACCUCCCUCCCUACGCCCCAAGAAUGUGUGUUGACCCACAACGAAUGUUGACAUAUCCAGUAACUUCUGUUGCCAGCGAAGAUUGCAGCCUGCCAGAAGUUUGGCAGCCAAUUCUCCCCCACAUGUUGUGCGGGAGAGUUUCAUUGUGCCUAAAAAAAAAAUUUAAAGUCUGACUUAAAAUGCACAGUAGUCGUAAUAAAUGUAUUUAUUACAAACCUUUUGAUUUUUUUAGAACAUGGGUGGGGGGAAAAUAUGCUUUUGAAAGGGAUGUCUGUGUUGAGUUUUUAUGAAUUAUCGUGCUCGUUCACCUAGUGUGUUAGGAAACCUGCUGGCAAAGAGAGGCUUGUGCCAGUGGAGUUUUACAAAAAUGAAAAAAAAAUGUAUACAAAAAGCAGAAAAAAAGAAAAAAUAUAUAAAAAACAAAUUGACCCCAGCAUUCCCUAAAUCUUGACCUGUUGUCUUAAACUAAAAAAGGGAGAACAUUAUUUUGUACUGUCCAUUCCAUUUGACCAGAGUAACAAACUUUGUGUGAAAUGGUGUAAAACUCAAUCAGCUUAUGACAUUCAUUUACACAUCUUCACAUCAUGAAUAAAAAAAAGUUACUAAAUGUGACACCAGCCAAUAGCAGACAUGAUUAUGAACUCCAUGCAGAUAUGGUAUAGCAUUGUAUUUCUUACAAAUAAUUGUGGUUCUGUUCGACGAUUGUUGCGUUGUCAUUUUUUUGCGGUUUGAUUUCUAUGAAAAUGUUUUCUAUCUUUGUGCUACACUAUUUUCUUUAUUACGGUUUUCUAGACGUAUACAGUGCAUUUGUAAAAAAAAAAGGGAGUCGUUUUUUUCCGAUCCCCUGUGAAAUUUUUAUUGCAGAGUGUAAUUAUAUGCCAUUCGUGUCGUUACCUUGUUUUAUUAAGCACAUCAUAUCCAGCACCCAACUUAAUGGAAAUAUCUGCGAACAAAGCACAAACAACAACAAAAAGGGAAGAAAAUUAAAAUGUAUAAGCUUGACAAAUGUCUUUCAGUGGAUAAAACAUACCUAUUUUACUGUUCAUGUUCCUUUAAAAAAUAUAUAUAAUUGUGUUAAACAUUUUAUGGUGGAUGUCAUUUUUUUUCUGCUGCCAUCCACCAGCAGCUACAGUAAAACAAAUUACUUCGCAAACUCGGCAGUUUCAGACCUUUACAUUUCAGCAACCUAUCGCCAUUGCGCCCGUAGUGCAGAAAACUUUUAUAUUGUAUAUCAUACCGUAAUUAGUUUUGCCAACUACCAUACUUAACCGUCUUCCAGUCUUGUUCAUACAUACGUUAUCGUGUUAAUCAGCGAGGGAGAAAUAUCAACAUCUUGCCGUGCCCCUGCCCUUCCAACUUCAUCGGUGGCUGUGAAAUCGGGACGUUAAACUUCACCUAGCCAAGUGGAGUGUGGUGCUACUUAGCAGCGCCCCGAUUUGCUUUUGUGUAGGCAUGGAGCAUCUAGCGCGCCCGAAGCGCCCGUGACAACACAAGUGUUUUGCGUUUUCGAACGCAAGCGGCUCGACGUAGCUCACUCAUUACCACGAGGGCCCAACGGAGAAAUGUUUAAAUCCUCCCAAAGACUGGACAAUAAUCAAUCGCACGAAACCCAAGAUUGCGUCAACAACAAAAAGUUUGGGGGGGGGGGGGGUGGUCUACCUUUAUCAUUAAAAAGUCCUGUCAUUUUUUAUCAUUACACAUUAAAACAAUUAAGGAGGUUAUGCUUUGGCUUGUUUACUAGAUGUUGUAAGGAGCAGUUGAUAUGAACAUCUUGAGUAGCUUGACGGGAGAACAAAAAUUAAAACGGGGAAUCAGGCUGACCGCACGCGCAAAAAAAAUCACCAUUUCCGUAUGGUUGUGUGCUGACUUUGUGCCGUGCAUUAAUUAUAUUUUUUAUUAUUUCGUUCGUACACUUCAGAAAGCAUUUAGUGGUGUAUGUACUGUACAUACUGUAGCUUUUAUUGCGAGACAUGACUUCAACGUGUGGCCUUGUUCAUUUCAGUAUUUGGAGGAUAAAACAACGGGGCUGGGUGGUUGUUGUGCCAUUGCAGAGCCUUGUUUUGCGAAGCGUGUUUGAAGCCGCUAUUUUGAUUUUGCUAUUAACUAUAUAGACUUUGUGGUAUGCGCUGAAAGCAAAGCUGUGCUUAAGGAUAAAGAAAGGUACAUUCGGCUUAUUUUUCACUGUAGCUAGCCUUUUAUACCAUAAAUCUUGUAUGAAAUUUCUGGAAUGCAGGAUAUUACUCUUUCUAGAUUUUUGAAAUCGAAAAAAGUUUGCGUAAAAAUUUAAAAAGUUUGUUACUUUAUUUUACUACUGUAGGUAGCAAAGCUAGUUAUUUUGCCAUAAAUUGUUAAUGAUAUUGCCAGGCGUAUGGUAGUAAGUAAGUUUAAAUUUAAAAAAACGCAGUGUAGUUUAUCGCUAGUUUAGUGCCUAUAAAAUAGCCUGUUUUAAUUGUAAAAGUAAGUUGGAAUUGGAGAGCUCAGCUGUGUUUGCAUUUCCGUCACGUCCAACCUUUCAGAUUCAUAGCCGAGUGGGAAAAAAAUGGUUAAAUUGCUGGGACCCUACGUGUUUCCGGUCAACAAGUCUGUUUCAACUUUGUUUCUGUCUGUAGUUACUUCAAAACUCCUGUAUGUAUAUAACAUUUAUGUAGCAAUAAAUGUGCCAUUUUUGUAACAAUAAA